AUGGCCACCCACCUCGCCGCUGUCUCCCCGGCCAAAGGCCAACCCUUCGAGCUCCAAAGGCGCCCCACUCCAAAGCCAGGACCAGACGAGCUCCUAAUCGCUGUCAAAUCCAUAGCCCUCAACCCAGCAGACGCCUACAUGCGUGACCAAGGCCUCUUCAUACCCACGUACCCCACAGUCAUUGGCUUCGACAUGUCGGGGUUAGUUCUCGAGGUCGGCGAAAACGUCCCCACCGGUUCUACCGACAAUGAUCUAGCCCCCUCCUUCCGACCGGGUAUCACCCGCGUCGCCGCCUACGCCGCCUCCGUCUGGAAGUCCUGCGAUCCAGACUACGGCAUAUUUCAGGAGCGGUGCCUCGUUCCCUGGCAGCAUGCUGUGCCCGUUCCAGAUGAGGGCAUGUCUUGGAACCAUGCGGCAACCUUGCCCGUCGCCGUCGUGACAUCUCUGAACACAUGGGAUGCCAUGGGGAUCCCCCGAAUGGGAGAAGCCGCCGCUGCUGCUCCAGUCUUGGUUUACUCUACAAACACGGAAAAAAGAGAUGCUCUCCUAAUCUGGGGUGCCUCCUCUAGCGUCGGCACCAUGGGCGUGCAAACAGGCCGGCUGCUGCGGGAAGAUCCCAACUCUUCUUUCGCAGCCGUUUACGCCACGGCCGGCUCGGCGAAUAAGGGGUAUGUGGGUUCACUGGGUGCGGACCGCGUGUUCGACUAUAAAGACUCACAAGUUGUGGAUGCGAUCGUUUCGGCGGCCAAGGAGGACGGGUUAGUGAUCCGGCAUUGUUUUCUUGCUACCGGGCAGCUGGCACCAUGUCAGGCUGUGCUGAAGUCAUUCCUCGAAGAAUAUCAAGAAGGGAAGAUGACCAAACCGGCGAAGAUUGGGUCGGCACCCGUAAUUCCUUCGGAUGCGGAGGUCGUGAACGGGGUGGAGACGAUAUUUGUGAUGCCGUCGAAUGUGGAGGGGGAGAGAGUAGAGCAGUUCCGAUACUGGAUUGGGACAUGGCUGAGAAAGAACCUGGCCAACGGGACCAUCAGGCCGAGUCCGGAGCCGAGCGUCGUGGGAGAGGGUUUAGGGGCUAUCAAUGCUGGGUUGGACAGACUGCUCCGGGGGGUAAGUUGUCAGAAGUUGAUUGUUGAGGUUGCGGAGUGA